GAAAACCAAUACGACCGUUACGAAGUUGCAUUCUUUUUGCGUUGUUUCUCUGAAGGACCACGCCGGUGGAUGGAUUUAUUUGCCGGUCAACAUUCGUACUUUAGCCAACACGUGGUGCAGUUCGCACACACGAGCACAUUAGUUCGGUAUGCAGCAUGCGCAGUUGCGGCUAAGCAGCUCGGUCAAAUGAAUGACCCGAUAUCGAAAAUCCGGCAAACGCACUGUCAAAGGUUGAUGUUCAGGGCAUUCUCCGAGACGACGCUUGAUUUUCUCUGGUACGGGGCAAAAUACUACGAGAAAGCAAUCCAGCUACUCACCAAACAACUCUCCCAUGAUGACCACUCUAUUCCUGGUCUUUCGCCUUGCUGCAUCUACCAAACUGGCUUGACGCCCGUGAGUAAUGAUCCUAGCUUCCAUAACGAGCAAGAGGAAGCCGCCUCCGUCUUUCAAGUUAUAGCCGCGUGUAUUCUUUGCCAAUAUGAGGAUCUUAUGGACACGCAGAACCUCUCGAUGUGGUGCAAAAUGGGCCUUCCACUUGAUGAUAUGGGACACUUUGUUGUAAACUAUGCUGCUGAAGCACAUGCUGAGGCCAUUUUUUUCAAAGUUCUGGUGAGACAAUUAUGCCAACUGGUCAAUCUGGAGACAGGAGACGCUUCCCAAUGGACAUGCAUGGAAGAUGAGUUCAAUCGGUGGUAUGACAUGCUGCCUCCGUCCUUCUCUUGCUCCAUCGAUUGGCCUUGUUCGGUAGUAGUAGACGAUGAACAGACCUCUUCUAUGAAGGCUACAUACCACGAGUCUUGGUUUUGCAACGAUUUGUGCGCUAUAACUAUGACGUUCUAUCAUAUGGCUCGCAUGCUGCUGUUGAUCCAUCGCCCUGUAGAUGUUUUCCUCAUGGGACAGCCCCAUAAUGCGCUUGAUAUAUUAUCUACUUAUCAUUCUCUGCAACGGGAGCUUCGACAGCAUGCGAUGAAAAUCAUUCCGAUAGCGCGUGCAAUGCCCGACGACAGAGUACGGAAAAACUUGCUACAACCACUUUACACCGCGGGGCGGUCUUUAGUCGAUACGAACGAGAGACAGGAGCUGCUUGAUUUACUCCUUCAGGUUGAAAGUGACUUUGAAUUCGCCACAGAAUAUCAUCUGAAAGACCUAUCAAGGGAAUGGGGUAUCCCAUGGCACACGCAGAACAGGAUACGAGUUGAUGAAGAAUGUCAACGAGCAUGA